CAAUGCUCUUAAGGCAGCUAGCCUAUAACUUGAAUAUGAUCACAUCACAUGCAUUUGCCUUAUUGGUCUAUUGCCCUCUCUUUUACUUAAAGCCCCAAAUGCAUCUUCGCUUUAUCUAUAUAUCUAUCUCAUGUUACCGUUGACUUUUUCAUAUUGGACUUUGAAUACCCCCUUUCCUUUGUUUUCAUUUCUGCUAUGGCUUACCUUACCAUUUGUGUAGGCUCAUUCCAUUACAAUUCUUGCAGCUGUUGCUUUGAUUUCUUGAGGAUAUGAAUAGCACGGAUGGGCCUGGAGGAGGAGGGUUUCUUGGUUCGAAUAACAUUAGUGGGAUUGGUUAUGGAAUAGGAGUUUCUAUUGGAAUCCUCUUGCUCAUCACAACUAUCACCUUAGCUUCCUAUUUUUGCACUAGAGCACCGCAGACAUCAGCUCACAACCAGAGAAGGGAUAGAGAAGAGCCACCUGAGCUGCAUAAUAUUGUGGUGGAUGUAGGGCUUGAUGAGACCACUUUGAAGCGCUAUCCAAAAUUGCUGUAUUCUGAGGCCAAGCUGCACAAGUCAGAUUCCACUGCGACUUGCUGUUCUAUAUGCUUGGCGGAUUACAAGAACACUGAUAUUCUCCGGUUGUUGCCUGACUGCAGCCAUCUCUUCCACCUUAAGUGUGUUGAUCCGUGGCUGCGUCUUCACCCUACUUGUCCAGUCUGCAGAACUUCUCCAUUGCCUACUCCUCUCUCAACCCCUCUUGCUGAGGUGGUUCCAUUGGCAAGCAGGAGGGGUUGACAGAUACAUAUACCAGGAAGCAUGAUUUAGGGUCGUCUUCUCAAGCCAUCUCUUUGCAUUACUGCAGAAUUAUCACAUCUCCAUGGAUCGGCUUCACCAGUUCUGAGUUCUAAUCUUUGUUUCUUGAAAAUGAUGAAUUUUUAUGUCACACUCCUUGAUUGAAAUGCAUCUAAAUACAUGUGCAGAUUAGAUAUAAUUCUGGAGUUUGUGCACAAAUAUCAUGUAAAUAAAGUUUGAUUUACUAGUGGCAGACUCAAAGAUGAAAUCUGAUUGAUAAGAUUGAAAACAGUGAAAGAAAGCUAUUUGAAUUAUGAGCCAGGGACUCGUACAAGAGCUAGAAGACUCAAUUCAAUUCUGUUACAGAUAUUUCCAGAGAGAAUCCCAACUUGACAAGGAUCCAAAGCAUAAUCAACUGUUUCAGCUCCAAUUGUAGAGGCUAGCCACAUCCUACAACAAUAGCCUUUACAGUAAAGUUCUUUUUCAACCUUUAUUGUAAUGUCAAAUGCUAGAUCUUGUAGGAUUUUCUAUUG